GUUUUCAAGCGUGUCAACGCACUUUCCGUUCAUAUUUUGAUCACAUUCUAAUUUUACCUACCCCUUCUAGCUAGGCUUCCAAAAAAAAAAAAUAAUAAAAAGAAAUUAUUUUGAACAAUAAAAACUUGUUGCUCAAUCUUAUCUAACCCACUAGUCCUCUACCUUUCAUCUACUUACAUAUAAUAACCCCUUAACCAACCCCCAAAACGAAGGGAAGGUGUUAGUAGCAAAAAGUCACCUUCUCUUUAAUUUUCUCUUAAUCCCCAUUCAUAAUUCUCUUACAAAUUCUUAAUUAACAUGGGUUCUCUACAAGAAAUUAUCCAUGAUGAGAUCCAAGACCGAAAAGAGUACAUAUUUCGAUCAAAACUCCCAGAUUUAAACAAUAUUCCUAACCACCUCCCACUUCACACGUACUGUUUUGACAAGAUUAAUGAUCAUGCUGAUCGUCCUUGUAUAAUCAAUGGGUCUACAGGCCAAGAAUGGACAUACCAAGAGGUGGAACAAAUUGCUAGACAAGUUGGAGCAGGGUUUCAUCAUAAACUCGGGCUACAAAAAGGUGAGGUAAUCAUGUUACUUCUCCAAAACUGCCCUGAAUUCGUAUUCUCCUUUUUAGGAGCAUCUUUCGUCGGAGCUACAAGCACAACCGCAAACCCAUUUUGUACGCCAACAGAAAUUCAAAAACAGGCUCGAGCAAGUAAUGCUCGAGCCAUUAUUACCCAAUCUGCGUUCGAAGAUAAGGUUAAACCAUAUUGCCUAGAAAACAACAUACAUUUAAUCACCGUGGAUGCACAAUUUAUAUCUUGUUCGGAGUCCAAAUAUUUUUGGGAUUUACUUGACGUGCAAGAUAAGUUACCUAAGGUAAAAAUAGUCCCAAAUGAUAUGGUAGCAUUACCUUACUCAUCAGGCACAACAGGCCUUCCUAAAGGUGUUAUGCUUACACAUAAAAGCCUUGUUACAAGUGUAGCACAACAAGUUGAUGGAGAGAAUCCAAAUUUGUACUUUAAUAGUGAAGAUGUUAUACUCUGCGUUUUGCCACUUUUUCAUAUCUAUUCGCUGAACUCUGUGUUGUUGUGUGCACUACGUGUUGGGGCUGCAAUUCUUAUAAUGCCUAAAUUUGAGAUAAAUAUGUUGAUGGAAUUGGUGCAAAAAUAUAAGGUGACAAUUGCACCUUUUGUUCCUCCUAUUGUAUUGGCUAUUGCAAAGAAUGAAGAUGUAGAGAAAUAUGAUGUUUCCUCUAUAAGGGUUGUAUUGUCUGGGGCAGCACCUAUGGGAAAGGAACUUGAAGAUGCUUUGAGAGCUAAAUUACCAAAUGCAAAACUUGGACAGGGUUAUGGGAUGACGGAGGCAGGGCCAGUUUUAGCGAUGUGUUUGGCAUUUGCAAAAGAGCCCAUGGAGGUUAAGUCCGGAUCAUGUGGAACCGUCGUACGAAAUGCUGAGCUCAGGAUUGUUGAUCCGGAAACUGGAUUGUCCUUGCCUAGGAACAUGCCUGGCGAGAUUUGCAUCCGUGGCUCUCAAAUUAUGAAAGGUUACUUGAAUGACCCGGAGGCAACAGCAAACACCAUAGACAAAGAAGGAUGGUUACACACGGGCGACGUAGGAUUCGUGGACAACGAUGACGAGAUCUUCAUCGUUGAUCGGCUUAAAGAGUUGAUCAAAUACAAAGGCUUCCAAGUUGCUCCUGCUGAGCUUGAAGGCAUGCUUAUCAACCAUCCUACCAUUCAUGAUGCUGCUGUUGUUGCGAUGCAAGAUGAGGCUGCGGGUGAAGUCCCAGUUGCAUUUGUUGUAACAUCAAAUGGGUCGCAAAUUACUGAGGAUGAGGUUAAGCAAUAUAUUUCUAAGCAGGUGGUAUUUUAUAAGAGAAUAAAUCGAGUUUUCUUUGUGGAUACAAUCCCUAAACUUCCAUCUGGAAAAAUUCUAAGAAAAGAGCUAAGAUCAAGAUUAGCUAACGGCAUCACUAAAUAGUUUUUUCUUUUUAAAUCAACUACAUUUUGCAUUGCCUCCUAGUAAGAUCAUAGCCAAGGGUGGAAGUAUAUAAUAUAUAUUGAUUUGUAUGUACCAAUGCGCGCAAUAACCUUUUGGUUUUCGUUUUUUUUUUUUUUUUGUUGGUGAAAUGAAAAAUGAAAUUAUGUAAUCUCUACUAUUGUAAAGGAAAAUUUUAUUUUAAAGAUUUCAUUUUUUAAUUAUUCUAUUAAA